GUUGUGUGAGACACGACCUGGAGCCACGAUCCGCCGGAAGUUUUAGAGUACGGAGUUUCUUCUGUCUGCGUGGUUGGGGAUUUGGUGGGUUGUAUUUAGACGGGUUAUCAAUGGACACGCAGAAGGACGUUCAACCCCCAAAGCAGCAGCCAAUGAUAUAUAUCUGCGGAGAAUGUCACACAGAAAAUGAAAUAAAAUCCAGGGAUCCAAUCAGAUGCAGAGAAUGUGGAUACAGAAUAAUGUACAAGAAAAGGACUAAAAGAUUGGUGGUUUUUGAUGCUCGAUGAAACAUGGAAUUUGGAGGAUUAUCUUCAUUUGUACUUGGAUUUGCUAUUAAUGUUAUAUAGCUUUUGAUUAGUGUAUAUAUCUUUAUGAAAACAAAUAGCAUUUCAUUUUAAAAACCAUCUUGUAUGUAGAUAUUUAUUUGAUAGUUUCUAUAAAGAAGUUUUUGUUCAGUUACGUGAUUUAUGGCCACCUGGAUGGCUCAAUCUGGCUUCUGCUCAGGUCAUGAUCCCAGGGUCCUGGGAUAGAGCCCCACAUCAGAC